AAGGAUCUGGCUAUGACAACAGUGGAUUUGGUGGAAAGGGGGCAGGAUACGAAGACAGUGGAUUUGGUGGAAAAGGAUCUGGAUAUGACAACAGUGGAUUUGGUGGAAAAGGAUCUGGAUAUGACAACAGCGGAUUUGGUGGAAAAGGAUCUGGAUAUGACAAAGGUGGCUUUCUUUCAGAGGGAUGGUCGAACGGAGGUGACGGUGGCUCUGAUGAAAAGGUUUUAGACUACGAAAAUGGAGGUUCUGGCAACAAAGGUUCUCCAUCCGCUGGCAAGCCGUCUUAUAGCAGCGAAUCAAGCCCUAGCACUGACUACUCGUACUCAGAGGGUAAUGGCAAGAAGAUUGGUGGCGACAAAGGGGCCGUCGGCGGUUUCUCUCAGGGAUCCGUUAAAGACUACGACUACGGGCCAACCAGUCAGGAAACUGAUGGGAGCAAGUUCGGAAGUGUCGAAAACAGCAAAAGCGAAAACGAGGCUAUCGUGAAGAAUGGACAAGGCGGCGACUACGAGUUGACCAGUGCUGUCGAGGGUAGCCUCGUGUCGGAAGAAGUUGACGGGGACUUAAUUUGUGAAGAUGGCGUAAGUGAAAUAUCAUUGGCAUGAUAUCUUAACGUAAAAUUUCAUGUAAAAAAAAGGGGGGGGGAUAUAUUUUGUACUCUCUAAGCUUUAUUUUACAUGUAACGGAAGGCAGCCGCGUGGAAUAAGUAUAGAUUCACUAGGGAGACGGACAUUUUGAUGUGGAGGGUAAUAUGAAACCAAACAUAAUUUACUUCUUUCAAGAUUCGUCAAAAAUUAUAAUGAAAUGGGCAUUUUUUUUUUAAACAUGUCUUUUUUUUAAAUUUUUGCGAUAAGUUAUUCACAAUUCAUAAAAUAAAUGUUAACAGCAUAAUUUUAAAAAAUAAACAUAAUAAUUAUAAUAAAAGGCCCCAAACCGGCCCUGUCGCCAGUGUGUACAGUACUCCAAACAUGUAUCAAAGGCUAUCAUUGUUACGACAAACUUAUCUCAUUGAUUGAAUCCCUUACUUUCUUCGGGUGCCUUUUUUUGGAAAAAAAUCGUUUUAUCGAUCCAUCCCAGAACGAGUUUCAAGCCCACUCCUUCUACUGCAACAAGUUCUACCAGUGCGCCAACAACAAGGCGUUCCUGACCAUCUGCCCCAAGGGUCUCUUCUUCAACCCGGAGCUGAAAAUCUGCGAUUGGCCGUCCAACGUGGACUGCAGCACAGGAUCCGACUCCUCGGUAAUGGUAGGUCGUGUUCUGGUGUAGCGUCAGACAAACUCUUCCAAAAGUGUAUGGUUUCGUCGGUACAGGGGCGUAUCUAGGGUUAAUUGUCCCCCCCGGGCCUGGCCAAGCUUUUGGAGGCCACCAUCCAUGAAAAGAAACCCCCUCUGUAGUUGUCUCAAAAUGCCGCCCUUCAAUAUUAAGGGGAAAAACAAUUCCAUCUGGGGCGAACCACCAGCCCCUUCUCCCCCUUUUCCACACCGCCCUUCCUACGCCACUUGAUGUGGUGUUUAGGGUAAAGUCAGACACAGACUGUUCAAAUAUAAAUUCUAACGUUGUUAGAUAUUGUUUGAAUCUCUCAAUUACCCAGCAACUCUGAUGGGAUCCGUAUAUCAGUCUUACUAGUGCCUUGCAAAUGGCAUUUGUUUUAAAUAAUCGAACGUUAUUUUCUGACAUAUUACCGCCCCACCCCCUACACACACUCACACUUUUUAAACAUACUUUAACUGGAUCCGUCUGUUGAGCAAUGUUGGAGUAAAUUUUACCGAGUCCAUUGAUUUAUGUUAGAGCUAGGUUUAUUUUGUCUUGUGAGUCAGGGUAAAUCUAAUUAAAUUUGGGUUAUGAUUAGGGUUAGGGUUAUUGUGUCUUGUGAGUCAGGGUAAAUCUAAUUAAAUUUGAGUUAUGGUGGUUAAGGGUUAGUGACUCUAUUGAGUUGGGCGGUUCACUGUUUUUCUAGUAUCCCACACAUUUAAUUUCACUAAACUUUUUCCCUCUCCUCUCACCUGUCUUUAGCAGUACGUUCCCAGUUCAAGACACGCCCGCGACAUGCUGGCCCGACCCAAACCGCUGCAGUCUCCGCCCUCGUCUCGCAAGUCUCCCAAGUCGCUGCCCAUGACGGAGUUCCGGAGCUACGAGAGCAGCAAGAGCUUCGGCGGCUACAGCGAGAACGACGACGACGAUGCCAAGAGGGCUGGCCCAAGCUACGAGGACUACGGUGGUUCUCAUGAAGACGACGGGGCUUAUGACCAGGAUAAAGGCAAAGUUGGAGACUGGGGGAGAUCAUCCUACAGCGCACCUGCCCAGGGCAGUCCGUCGGUCGUGUGCUCAUACGGGGUAGGUGGUCAUGUGUUAGAUCAACAGUCGUUGGAUACCGGGGAGAUCAAAGAGAGAGCUUCUUCUGGUAGGUGUCAUGUGUUAGAUCAACAGUCGUUGGAUACCGGGGAGAUCAAAGAGAGAGCUUCUUCUGGUAGGUGUCAUGUGUUAGAUCAACAAUCGUUGGCUACCGGGGAGAUCAAAGAGAGAGCUUCUUCUGGUAGGUGUCAUGUGUUAGAUCAACAGUCGUUGGAUACCGGGGAGAUCACAGAGAGAGCUUCUUCUGUCAGGCUAGCAAUGUCAGCGUUCAAAUAAUUCUGUUUAAAUUAAAAUCACCCGCGUACUAUUUCACUGACAAAAUCUGAAUUUUCCGAUGACCAGCCAUAUACAUAAUGUCAUUACGUCGUCACAGCACCUCGGUGCAGUUAAAAGAGUAUUCGAAAGACAAAGGAGAAACCAAAAGUUAAAAUGGGCCUUUAAAAAAAAAACCCAAAAAACACCAUUAUUUGUCAUUUAACAAACAAUAGACCAGUUAUCAUUUUUUGCUUUUGCAAUUUUUUUCUCUUUUAUAUAUAACACUUCAAAUUUCGCACUUUUUUUUUUAUUUAGGUGAAAUUCAUCCGCCACCCCAAUGACUGCACCAAGUUCUACCAAUGCGCUCACAGUAAACCAUUCCUGCUGUCUUGCCCUGCCGGACUUUAUUUUAACACGGAGUACGAUAUCUGUGACUGGCCGUCCAAUGUAGACUGUUCAGGAUCGGUAGGUGAAAAAUUAACACACUAAGGCCGUCCAGUGAAGACUUUUUCAGGGUCGAUAAGGGAAUAAUUAAUACACUAUGGCCGUCCAAUGUAGACUGUUCAGGAUCGGUAAGUGAAAAAUUAACACACUAAGGCGGUCCAGUGAAGACUUUUUCAGGGUCGAUAAGGGAAUAAUUAAUACACAUUGGUCGUCCAAUGUAGACUGUUCAGGGUCGGUACUCGAUAAAGGAAAUGUUUUUGGGAUGAGUUUAGGAAACAGUUUUGUUUCUGGGAGAAGAAACGCGUCUUUUAAAUAUUAACUCAGGGGAACUAGAUCGUAAGAAAUAACCUGAGUUUAGGCAGUUGUAAAAUGCAUUCUUGUGGAACACAAUUAUAUCUCUUACCGGGUAAUCUAUUGUCAAUGAUGGCAAUAUUUGAACAUUUUUUUGUAUCCGUUUAUAUUGUAAGUAACACAGCGCAUUCAUUAGACUAAGUUUCCCGACACAACAAGAUGUAUAUACAUACAUACAUACAUAUAUAUAUAUAUAUAUAUAUAUAUAUAACUUUUUUAGUCUGUUUGUUAACAUGCUCUAAAAAGCAAUUUAAGAGACAAUUAACAGCUAAGUUAACUAUUGGCAAGUGUAUGCUAUGAAUGAUGUGAGGAUAAGUAUAGGUUGAUUUAUUACGAGAGAUGUGACAUUUUUUCGAGCCUUCUGCGUUGUCUGAUAUAGUGGGUUUGGAUUAUGGGGGCCGGGGGUGGUGUGAAUGCUAUACGGCACUGCAUCCAUUUUACGUGAAAUGUGUUGUCCAAGAAAAUAAAUAACACCGAGGCCAUUGUCAAGUAUGGCUUACCCCUCACGAGGCUUUAAUACAUAUUUUUACUGAAAUCUGCAGGAUUGAGUUUUUUUAAGUACCUGGCUGACCCAUAAAUACCAUGCAGAGAAACUUGUUCUCAAAAAUCUGUAUCAAAGUAGAUGCAUUUUAAACCUUUGAAAAAAAAAUGUUGGAUAAUUUGAUUUACCAUUGAAAUUAACCUCCUAUUUAAUUAUUAUUUUUUUUUAAAGAAAACGUUUACUAUAGCUACUGUCCGUAACGUUAUAUGAAUGUAUUCCAUCAGUCCCAAUCCCGCCAAGCGUCCUCCAGCAGCUACGAUGGCUCGAGCUACAGCGACAGCUGGCCCCAGUACUCCCCACAGAGCUCGACUUACCACAAAGAGGCCCGCACCUCCUACACUCCCGUCUCCUACAACCCGCCUUCCUUCAGCAGCGCGGACACGAAAUCCCAAGAGCCUUCUUCUGGCCAGCCGAUGAUGACGUCAGAGAACCGGGAUUCCGGGAGCUUUCCAAACUCCCCAAACCCCGGGUACAACCAGCAGACCGGAAUGUCCAGUAUCUUCCCGAUGAACGCCUUCCAUUUUCCCAUAAUGCCCAUCUUCCACCCGCCAAUCUACCAACCGAUCAUUCCUUACAUACCCAAGCAAAGCGCCGAGAGCUACCAGACCUUGAUGCCCACCUAUAGGUCACAGGACAAAGGUGAAAAAGGUGAAAAGGGUGAGAAGGGAGAUGUUGGAGGCGAUGAUGAUGACAUGGAAGAAGAAGUCCAUAAGGGAAGCCAAGACGGAGAAAGCUACGAACACAAAGAUUAUAAAGAAUCAGACGAUUCCAGAAAAGGCUACGAUUCCGGGAAAGGCUAUGAUUCCGGGAAAAACUACGAUUCCGGGAAAGGCUACGAUUCUGGCAAUAGCGAUGAUUCCGGGAAGGGCUACGAAUCGUGGAAAGGAUAUGACUCGAGACAGAACUCGUACGAUUCGUCCUACCAGCCAAACGUUCAACAGGUGUACCAACCAUCCUACCAGCCAGGAUACCAACCAGGCUAUCAGCCAUCCUACCAGCCUCAGUCAGGUCAGCAGCCGAACAAGAUUUACGUCUCGAGACCUUCUUUCAGACCACGUCAGAAAAAGUAGGUGUCAUCAACAUAAAUCGUCUUCUCAUCUUGGUGUGUAUAUGUGUAUGUUGAUUGUGUGGCUGUGGAGUAGUUAGUUUGGGGGGGGGAAUACCCUCCAGCUAAAGAGGGGUCAGGAGUCCUCAGCCGGAAACUGUUUAUUAAAAUAUGCUCAUUUUAACAAUUUUGAGACCUAGAAAUCUUUUUAAAUUUACCUGUACUUUUUAAAAUUCAUUUUAAAACUCUGAGGCAUAACAGGAAAAGACCGUUUUUACGGGAAGUUUGGUCACCCUCUUACUAGACCCUAAGUGUACUUAUGCGUAAAAAGUAUGCAUUACUGAAAGCCGCGCGUCUUGUAUGCGUAUAUGCUUUCUCUACAAUGCAUAACUCCAGCCGUCACAUGUUCCUGGUAUUGAAAAGGAAGAUAUCUUUGUGCAGUUGGGUUUUUAUCUUUUCGAAAUAGGUCUCCAGAAGGAAGAAGAAGUGUUCAUGGUCGAUUAUUAUUUGCGCUCAUACGCAAAUGGUAAAUGGGGUGGAGGGGGGAUGUUAAAAAAAUUAACACUGUCAUUCUGUCUAUUGUUAUGAAAUGUUGCAACGCUGGAAAUUUACUGUAUCAGUCGAAGCGGAAAUAAAACUUCCAAUUGUUUAAAGUCUGCAUUUUAAAAGCCCGAAUUAUUUUUGUUACUUCUCUUUUUUGUCUAAUGUAAAAUGCAACCCACUUUGCCUAAACGAAAAUAAUGAAACUAAGAUCUCGGUUACGUCAUUUCGUCUUCCAGUUCUGAUGCUUUUAUGAACAGUACUAUGGUAUGAUGUCUGGCAAGUUGAGCAAUGGUUCAAGCAGGCCCAAGUGUAUUGUUAUAACAAUCAAAACAAAAAUUCUUCAAGACGAAAUGAAGCCCCAAAAAUAGCAUGAGUACACGUUUUUAUUUCAUCACUUUCAUUGCCUGAAAAUUUAUUUCAGCACUUUCAUUGCAUGAUAAUUUAUUAUUUCAGCACCAACACCGAUUUUCAGUUCCACGGCAAAGACGGCGGCAGCAGCAGCGACAAGGGUUUCUACUACUACGACUACGACGCCAACAGCAACCUGAACAAAAACAACAACUUGGGCUUCAAGAAGGCCAGCGACAGCAGAAAGGGCGACUCCGGCAGCAACAAGGGAAUCUACUAUUACUACUACGAUGCCGCUAACAAGAAUGCCAACAACAAGAACGACUACGGAUACUACUACGACUAUGAUUUGGGGAACGCCAAAGGUAACAACUACGAUUACGUCAACUACGAUUACGGCGGCAAGAGUCAGGACUACACGUCAAGGGGAGGCUACAUCAGCAAGUAGGUUAAUUUCUCAUUGUUAGCGUUGCGGGGGGAGGGGGUGGAGUAUGGUCAUUGAGAUAAAAUACUGCACCUUGUCCUAUUUUUUUUAAGUCCCCGUCUCCAAGUUCUUCCUAAAAUCGAUCGAAACCUCUAAAUAAUAUUUUAAAAAUUUGUCGAAAUCUUGUUCGUUGGGGGUUGGAUUUCCUAGAAUUGAGGCGUGGAUUUCCUAGAAUCAUGGCGUGGAUUCCAAGAAUUGAGGCGUGGAUAUCCUAGAAUUGAGGCAUGGAUAUCCUAGAAUUGAGGCAUGGAUAUCCUAGAAUUGAGGCGUGGAUUUGUUACAAGUUGGGGUUGAUUUUUUUUAGAAUUUCAGAAGUGGGCUUCCUAGAAUUGACGAUGGAUUUCCUAAAACUGAGGGGAGGGUUUCCUAGAAGUGGUAGUGGAUCUCGACCCCAUUGACAUUCCGUAUCAGCCAAUAAAAUAGCUCGGAAUUUCUUGAAAACUUUAAAAUUAGAUCUGUAAUUACAUGACGAUGAUAAGAACUUUGAGCUGUCAUUACAUGACGAUAAUACUUACUUUGAGGUGUAAUUACAUGACAAUGAUAAGUACCGAGCCACCGAAGGCGAUGAGUAGGGAUAUGUUAUAAAGGAGAAAGAAAAAAUAAAACUGAAAUGGUGGCAUGUAAUGAUUAUUUUACACUAUCAUUUGUAGUGGGGUGCUGUUUAUUGUGUACAUUGAUAUUACGAAAUUGUGAUUUUUGCCUAAAAUGAACAUUUAUUUUUAAGAAAUAUAGAUGCCGUUUUCCUUUCUUUGUUUAGUUGAAACUACAUUAGGUAUGUUACCGUCCGUUUUCCCUUACCAGCCUUGCACUUUAAUGUUUAUGCAAUUACAGAAUAAGCUGGCAUUUAUGCGCCAGCAGCCAGUUAACAACUGGAUUUGAAAAUACCUUCGCAAAAUUGUAUCAAAUCAUACAACUGCUGCUUGUACAUGACGUUGCUGGUUGUACAUGACGUUGCUGCUUGUACAUGACGUUGCUGCUUGUACAUGACGUUGCUGCUUGUACAUGACGUUGCUGCUUGUACAUGACAUUGCCUCUUGUACAUGACAUUGCCUCUUGUACAUAACAUUGCUGCUUGUACAUGACAUUGCUGCUUGUACAUGACAUUGCUGCUUGUACAUGACAUUGCCUCUUGUACAUGACAUUGCUGCUUGUACAUGACAUUGCCUCUUGUACAUGACAUUGCUGCUUGUACAUGACAUAACUUCUUGGACGUGCUGAUCUCUGCUGAAAUUCCACUAGCUAAUCUUAAUUGGAUACACAUUUAUUUAGAAGAAGGGUUUUAAAAAAAUAUACAAUGGAUCAAGGUACUUUUAGUGUUUCCUUUUUUAUCUUUUCACUACCUCCCCCCCACCCCCCCCCACUUCUUUACGCCCCUGGUGAAGAUGAUAUACUGUUGUUUCUUUUUUGAAUUGUUGUUUUGUUUGCUAGUCGGGAUUCACGUAAUGGUUUGAUUGAUGAUUGUUUGCUAGUCGGGAUUCACGUACUGGUUUGAUUGAUGAUUGUUUGCUAGUCGGGAUUCACGUAAUGGUUUGAUUGAUGAUUGUUGGCUAGUGUUGGGAUUCACGUGAUGCUUUGAUUCCCCCAGAAACAAGUUUAAAGCUGGAGCUCUCACACAGCCACAAUAUUUUGGAAACGCGUUCAAGGAGCUGUCCAAGAACACAAAUCUGAAACAAUCCCUCAAAGUAAGUUGUCUGGUUCCAAUCCCUCAAAGUAAGUUGUCUUGUUCCAAUCCCUCAAAGUAAGUUGUCUGGUUCCAAUCCCUCAAAGUAAGUUGUCUUGUUCCAAUCCCUCAAAGUAAGUUGUCUGGUUCCAAUCCCUCAAAGUAAGUUGUCUUGUUCCAAUCCCUCAAAGUAAGUUGUCUGGUUCCAAUCCCUCAAAGUAAGUUGUCUUGUUCCAAUCCCUCAAAGUAAGUUGUCUGGUUCCAAUCCCUCAAAGUAAGUUGUCUUGUUCCAAUCCCUCAAAGUAAGUUGUCUGGUUCCAAUCCCUCAAAGUAAGUUGUCUGGUUCCAAUCCCUCAAAGUAAGUUGUCUGGUUCCAAUCCCUCAAAGUAAGUUGUCUGGUUCCAAUCCCUCAAAGUAAGUUGUCUUGUUCCAAUCCCUCAAAGUAAGUUGUCUGGUUCCAAUCCCUCAAAGUAAGUUGUCUGGUUCUAAUUGUUCUUUUGUGUUACACAUUUUUUAAUUAAACAAAUAAUAAUAAUUUUUUGAUUGUUUGGGUAUGUUGCGUUAUAUUACUCAUCUGCAUCCCAUGUUUGCGAAAACUGCAUGCGAGAUUACAGGAAUUUCUUCUUUAGUUUAUUUGAACACAAUUAAUAAUUAAUUAAUUCUUACUUUUUCUACCGGACUGUGGUAGAGUUACGGCUUGUACAGUUGCAUAAGAUGUUAAAAUUUGGACCUAUUGAUGUUAGGUGCACUGCUGAAAUUAGUGACAUAUAUGUUAGGAGCACUGCUGAAAUUAUGGACAUAUUGAUUUUAGGUGCACUGCUGAAAUUAGGGACCUAUUGAUGUUAGGUGCACUGCUGAAAUUAGGGAAUAUCGAUUUUAGGUGCAUUGCUGAAAUUAGGGACCUGUUGAUGUUAGGUGCACUGCUAAAAUUAGGGACAUAUUGAUGUUAGGUGCACUGCUGAAAUUAGGGACCUAUUUAUGUUAGGUGCACUGCUGUAAUUAGGGACCUAUUGAUGCUAGGUGCACUGCUGAAAUUAGGGUCCUAUUGAUGUUAGGUGCACUGCUGAAAUUAGGUCCCUAUUGAUGACAUGAGCUCUGCUGAAAUUAGGUCACUUCAUAAAUUAUACAUCUGUUGAAAUUAUUGCACUUUUAAACUAAUGUACUUAUUACCUGGUAUCCCCAUUGAAAUGCAAUAAGAUUAUCUUACAAAAACGCAUAAAAAUUCUGAAUCUGGUACCCCAUUUGAAAUGAAACACUGAAUGAUUUACUAACAUAUGAAAGCUGUAGAGCAUAAAGAAAAACUUUUUUUCCAAUCAGAAAAUCAGUGACGUCAACGACGACGUCGAGUACGUCCACUUCGACCACACAGGCGGCUCGGGAACCGGAAGUCAAGGACACAGCAUGCAUGGCGGCGGCGGAGAUAUUGGGGCGUUGCUUCCCCUCCUCUUGCUUGGCUCAGGUCAAGGUUCACAGCUUCUACUUACGACAGCCCUACUCUCCAAGCUAAAGGGAUCAUCCGGAGGAG